AAAGAGGCUGGAGUUGACAGAAAAUUCAGAACGGUCUUGUUGACUUCGGUGUACUUGCUCGCUCUCUCUGACAUCAACUUCCAAGAACUCUCAAGAUGAAGAUAGCUAUUGUUCUUCUGCUCGUCGCCCUGGUCGCGGUACAAGACACCGAGGGAUGGCGGUUUUGGAGACGCGUUAAGAACGCGGUUAAAAGAGUUGUAAACGUCGUUAAAAGAGUGGCAUCCUCGGUGAAGAAGGUAGUGAGAGUUUGGAAUACGGCAAAGAAAAUUUGGGAAACAGUUAAAACUGGGAAACGUGAUGUCAACAGCCUCGAUCUGAACGGUGAUGGUCAUGUGGAUAUUGACGAACUCAGCAAGAUGGUUGACGAGCGAGACGCACGUGACCUUAUAGAGUCAAUGUCGGAUUCGUCUGGCCGUGUCUCCGUACAGGAGUUUGAAAGAAAUCUCCGUGACCUCAGUGAGCUGACUGAAGAGGACAUCUAUAACCAAUUUAAGCAGUAAGAAAUGAUCUACAAUUCCUGAUCAAUGCUGUCAGAAUGUCAUACAAUUAAAAAUACUUCGCAAA